UCUCUUUCCUCCUCUCUGUCUCCUCAGCUUCCUCCAACCAUCUCGCUCUUUCUGCGUUCUCUGCCCAUAAUAUAAGCGGGUUAAAAUCCAGAUUUGGGUAUAAUUUAUCGCCCUCCCUCCCUUUUUCUUUGGUUUGCAUCACUCUGUCACAGAUCGGAGAUGUCAAAUUUUGUUUGUUUAUUUGAAUUCGUAAAUUUUCUCCAAAAGUCUUCGCUUUUUCAUGUUUCCUUUACUUUUUUCCCCCUUUUCUUGGCCAUCUUUUCUUGUUUCUUCAUCUUGCUAUUCGGAAAUUUGUCAAGCAGGUUUGGUUUUCUAGGGUUCUCACCAAGAAAGAUUUUCUUUUUUUCUCCGUGAUCUCCCCCCUCCGUUCCGUGUGCCUUUUAUUUUGUUUUAUUCGAUUGCAAAUCUGUUUUGCUGAGUGAAUAUUUCGGAUCUUUGAAGCUGUGUUCAUAUUCUUCCAUCUUUUUCCCCAGUUGUUAUAGAUUUGGAUGCAUGUGUUGUUGAUUAUUUUGGUUUUGUCAUAUUCUUUUAGAUUUGGUUUAUUUUGGUUCAUUUGCAUCAAAGAAUUGUGACAUGGACGAGGAGGAGUAGCUGUCUAAUUGUGAGGUGUUGAGCGUAUGAUAGGAAGUAGGUUUUGGUUAAAAACUUUUUCCGGUAACUGCUGCUGCAGAAAGUCUUUUAAGUUUCUACAUGAAGCUUAUUACUUGACUUUUUUUUUCCAUAAACCAAAAACUUGCGCCUUCAGGUUCUUAAGUUUUAUGUAGUACAGAAUAAUGUACCCUUAAGCUUCUCAGGCUAAUGGUGUAGGCAUUACCGGUACAUGCUUCUGGAAACUAUUAUGAAAAUUUGGGUACUUUGUUCUAUUUCAUCGUUUAAAAUUGAUAUGUUUCUCAUAGAAUAAUGGAUGGGUUACAAUGUACUCAAGAAUUCUUUUUUUUCUUGUGUGAAUAUAAACACGAUGUUUGAGUCAUAAAUUAUUGUUUCUUCUGAUGAGUCUUGUUCUUAGAAGCAGCUAGGAUUUCCUUGCAGAAGUAAAUCAACUGAUAUAUCGUUCUACGGCAUUCAUUUUCUCACUUAAACUGACCGCUCAUAAUAUUAAUUAGGAAUUGGACAAAGGAUCAGUAAUUUGCUUAUGUAUUCUUAUGGAAUUUAGUGUGUACGGUCAACCCUAAAAGGGGCUUAGUUGUGUACCUUAUCGUUGAUUGUGAUGCAGUAAUCAUAUAAACUCUCAAAAGUGGGUUAUUUAUCUAGAUACUGUCUUGUGGAUCCACAUGUUUCAUAUGCCUAAGUAGCUAGAUAUUGAUGAGUUGUCUCAGUUCAUUCAUUUCUCGAUAACUUCUCUUCCAAAGUUUUGCUGCCAUAUUGAAGUUAUACAUAAUGAUGAUAUGCUCUUAUAGGUGUCACAGUUUGAAAACAGGGCUUUAAUUUUGAUAUUUACAAAUUGUUAGGACUGUUUGAUAAGUCCCUGCUUCAUCAUAUACAUGUCUCUCCUAACUGAACUUAUAGGAUAAUGGUUAUCCUUGACAUCAAUCGUUAUCAUACAACUUUCUGUUUGUAGCAUCAGUAUGCUGACUGUGAACUAUUAAACAAAUUAAGUGAUCAGAAUUUGAAGACUGGUUCAUUAUUAUUAUUUUUUUCUUUCUUGUGUUUCGGGUGAGAAGAAAUUUUAGUUUCUUUUCAUGGUACAUUGGGGUAAUGACAUGCUAAAAAGGUUAUAAUAUCUGAUCUUCUGGACCUGUUGAAGAACCUUUGGUACAUAAUUUCUGUUAGCAUACAGUCAUGAUUUAUGGCUUGCCAGCAUUUCUUGUAUGUGAUCCAUCCACUCGUAGUUGUCGUUCACAUUUUGCAAGUAGUUUCUGUGAAAUAUGUUUUGGAAAAGUUGGAAGGUUAAAGAAAAAAAAUUGACAAUUAUUCUCUUCCAUGUGUGGCUUCAGUUGACUCUAAAUGGAUUCAACUGCUGGUUAACUGCCGUUCAAGUUUUAUGGCCUUGGUUUUCGGGGCGAUGUUUGGGGGAGAGAACAAGAAAUAUGCCAUCAAAUUCGAGCAGAGUGCCUGCACGUUGAUUCGAAAGAACUAUCCAAAGAACAGCAACUGUGGAAUGGCAUUCAGAACAACAUCAGUAAAACAGAAAACAUCCUCGGGAUCUGCACCUGUGUUGUUUGGAUCAUUGCCAUCAUUCGUUCCUUUGUCUCUUAAGAUCCCUAUAGAUGAUGGAUACCACGAAUCUUUCUCUCUAGAUUGCUGUUUCUUAUAACGAUAUUGAUUAUUGUUCAAGUUGCUCAAGGAUUUGAUUGGGCCAGCAAGGAAGUUCAGAAAUCUAAGUCAUUUUCAAAAUGCCCAGUUUAGCAAUGCCUGGUCUUGUUGGUGCCAGGAAAAGGUUUGUUGAUUCGGAAGUGCAUCGGAAUGUUCCAGUUCAAACUAACCUGGCAACUCAGAAAGUUUCAGCUGGGUUCACCCUGCAACCACCCCAGUAUUUAUGCCACCCUGUUAUUCCUGGUUUACCUGAUGAUGUGGCUAAGUUCUGUCUUGUCCUUGUGCCUCGGAGUUACCUCCCUGUUAUGGGUGCUGUUUGCAAGAGAUGGAGGUCAUUCAUUAAAAGUAAGGAGUUCCUGGGUAUAAGAAAGGAGGCUGGAAAGCUUGAGGAGUGGGUGUAUAUCUUAACUGGUGAUGCCCAAGGAAGGGAGAACCAUUGGGAAGUCUUAGUUGGCCCAGGGGAUAAAAGCAUGGUGCUUCCUCCAAUGCCUGGUCCUGUUAAAGCUGGGUUUGGAGUUGUUGUUAUUGAUGCCAACCUUUUUAUCAUUGCUGGCUACUCGGUUGACAUCGGAAAAGAGUGUGUUUCAGAUGAUGCUUAUCAGUAUGAUUCUCGGGUUAAUAGAUGGAGCACAUUAGCCAAGAUGAACGUUGCUCGCCGUGACUUUGCCUGUUCUGAGCUUGAUGGUGUUGUAUACGCUGUGGGGGGGUUUGAUUCUAAUGGUGACAGCUUAUCGAGUGUUGAAGUUUAUGACCCAGACAGAAACAAGUGGACCUUAAUCGAAAGCCUUCGCUGCCCAAGGUGGGGUUGCUUUGCUUGCGGCUUUGAAGGUAAGCUCUAUGUCAUGGGUGGGCGUUCUAGCUUCACAAUUGGCAAUUCCAGGUUUGUGGAUGUGUACAAUACGGAGCACCACUCAUGGUGCGAAAUGAAAAAUGGCUGUGUUAUGGUCACUGCACAUGCUAUGCUGAACAAAAAGCUUUUCUGUAUCGAGUGGAAGAAUCAGCGGAAGUUGGCAAUAUUUAAUCCAGCUGACAACUCAUGGCAAAAGGUCCCUGUGCCUGUUACGGGGAGCUCGACCAUAGCAUUCCGCUUGGGAAUAUUUGAAGGCAAGCUGUUGCUUUUCUCACUCAAGGAGGUGCCUGGGUACCGGACACUGCUGUAUGAUCCUGAUGCUCCGGUAGGAUCUGAAUGGAAAACAACUUCGCUUAAGCCUUCUGGGUUGUGUUUGUGCAGCGUGACGAUCAAAACAUGAAGGGUCACAUUAUCGGGCAUGUUGCUGCUGCUUGGGGUUUUGUGAAUGAUUGUUACUGUUUGUAUGCGACGUGGAAUUGCAUUCAAGACUUGAAUUCUCCUGUGUCCCAGCCAUUAUGAACUCUGGAAUGCAUGACUUGUUAAACCUUGGUAACAUUUGCUUCUUCUUUCUUACCAAUAUUUGUUUAUGCUUCUAUUUUGUAUUAUUAAGUGACCGCAGAACACCGAUUUGAUUUAGAAUCUGUUUGCAGCUCGA